AUGGGGUAUUUGGGGCAUUUCUGUAUCAAUCCGGACAGUAGUUCAGCUACUGUCACAUAUUAUUAUGGGGGAAAAUUUAGCCCAAGGUUGGUUGGUGAUAAGAGAUAUUAUAAGAAAGUAAAAACUGGUUUUCAGCUCCUAACUACAGAUUCACAGUGUUUAGAGUUGGGGAGGGAGUACAGGCAUGCUAGGGAUGUUCCUAUAUAUGUUGAGAUGUUUGGUGACUUGGUGUUGAUGGGUGCUGAUGUAAAUGAGGAUAGUGAGAGGGUUAGAAGGGAGGAGGUUGUUCAUGUAGAUGAGGAGAGGGGUAGAAGAGAUGAUGUUAAUGAUGUGGAUGAGGAUGAAGACUUGUUUGAUUUUGAUUAUGAUUUAUCAACAGAGAUAGAUGAUGAUGGCAUAUUAUUUGAUGAUUAUGUGGAUGAUAAAACAACAUCAGAUUUACCCAUUGAUGAUGGAAACAACUCUGAAGGUCUAAGUGGGUCUAGUGAUGAUGGUGAACCAGAUAUUAUGGGUGAUGAAAUUGAUCUAAUUGAAAAUAAAAUCAGUGAUGAUGAGCAAAUUGAAUCUAACUACCCUAUUUUUAAUCCUGUUGAAAACUUUGAUCCAACAUUUACAUUGGGGAUGAUGUUUAGCACAAAGGGUGAUCUUAGAAAGACUAUUCAGUCUCAUGCAAUUAAUACAAGAAGACAUAUAAUUUGCACAAAGAGUGACCCAAACAGAUAUUAUGCUAAAUGUGGUGGAGAUUGUGAUUGGAAGUUACAUGCUCGUAAAGUAAAAGAUGAAUGCACUUUUCAAAUUAGGGAUUACAACCCUAAACAUAAGUGUGCCAAGACUUUCAAUCUUAAAAAUGUAAAGUCUAGUUGGCUCUGUGAUAAAUAUCUUGACAAAUUCAAAUCUGGUCCCAAGAGGGCUGUGAAGGGUUUUAGAGUGGAUGCUAUAAAUGAGAUUAGAUGUCAUAUCUCUAAACAUCAAGCUUAUAGGGCCAAAAGGAAAGCACUGAAAAAAUUUGAGGGAGGUCCUGAGUACCAAUACACAAGACUUUGGGAUUAUGCAGAUGAGAUUAGAAGAACCAAUCCAGGUAGCACUGUCAUUGGACAUAUUUAA